CUUUUUUUAUUGACUUUCUUCAACGGGUCAUGUCCCCCUUUUAAGUUGGGAUUAGAACCUAAAUGCUUAUGCCUUCUAUACCUACUAACCUCAGACAAAUGCCGAUAUCCCUCAUUUGUUAAACCUAGGCCGCACAUUCCCCUACGUCUUAAUCGGAUCCUUCCUAGGUAACCUUGGCUCGUCUAUCCACCUGAACGGUCUCUGGCAGUUGCGUGCCGGGAUUGUCUGAUCUCAUAGGCGAGAGAAACACGAACGGUAUUUCUUUAGCUCCGUUUCACGUCUGUUCCCUCCCCUCUCAGGCGGGUAACCACGAUUCUCCCUGUCGUCCGGGUCUAGAAGGUCCAGCAGCAUGGCAACUUGAGGACGUGGUCGGUAUUCAUCAUUAUUUUCAUCGUCGUCGCCACGUAGUUUGAGCUCCGAUUGGCUUUUCGUUUCUUCUCCCGCAUCAUCCGCAUCUCCCACGAGCCAGAGCCAGAGCCAACCACCACCACCGAUCCGGCAGCGUAGGUCAAGAAGGAUGAGCCCCUCGAGGUCUUCGGUUGCCAACGCCGAGCAGCCGUCGUCCCAAAAGAAGGCAUCCUCGCUCGCCGGCUUCUUCAGCAAGAUCCUACCGAGUAACCGUCCAGAACAAGGAGGCACCCGCCGCACGGACUGGACGGGUGAUAACGACAACGCGGUAGGGACGAGCCGUAGCGAGCUGACCGGUUGGAACCUUGCUAAAGAAAAGUUUCCCGCACACCAUACAUCGACAAGCGGGCCAGAAGAACCUAGUCACCGCCGGGUCUGGAGCUGGAGCCCGCAAAAGAGAGACUCUAGGUUCGUUGAGAACUUACCAAGGGGCCGAUCCCGUUGGCAUGAACAAGCUCCGGAAGUUUCAGAUGGUGAAUCUCAGCCACCUCGAAAGUCGGAGGCGCUGACAAGGACCGAAGUACACGAGAUACUCCAGUCCAAGGAAGAAACCAGGAGAAAUCGACGGAGCCUAAAGGAGAGUGGGGAUUGGCUAGGUGUACAAGGUGCUGAUCCAUACUCGGGACAGUUCUCAGUCCUUACACCUACGGACACUCUUAGCUCUGAGACGACCAGCACGUCGACGCGUACGAAGCUAGCCGGGUUGGCGCGGAAGAAGAAAGCCGCGAUGUUAGAGUACGAACAGCUUAGGCUAUUGGAAGAGCAAGAGAAGGAUAAGGCUAGGCUAGACAGGGACCAGGCGAAACUCGACAAAAUCGAACGUGUGAAGGAAGAGCUUAGACGUCAGCACCAAUUCGCCAAAUGGAGCCAGCACAAGCGCAACUGGUCUUCCGCCGCCGAACCCAACCUCAGUCCGAUUGCCCAGUCUCUAGACAGUUUGGCGCUUAGAAGCAGUGAGGCAUCUAGUUUAUUGUUUUCGAAGCUCCCCACUGACUCUUUCCUAUCAGAUCCUGAGGAUAUCACAUCAGCUAUUCCAAAUUUCUCUCGCCCUAAUCGUCCGCCAGUAUCAAAGAUUACCUUACCAGACCAAGCCGAACGGCUUAGUUACGAUAGCACACAGCCUCAGGGGCGUAGGCGGCUUAACCAAUCUACCGACACUAUUAUUCAUAACUCACCAGAUGUUAAUUUCGAACCUGCGUAUCUCACAAGGCCAGCCACCCAGCCGUCAGGGAUACGUCUCGACGCUGAGCAGCCGAACGUUGUACGGACGAAGAGCGAGAGGCAUUUUUUAUGGAGGCGCCGACGGGAGACAGACCCGGGAAAAUUAAGUACAGCUCACAAAGGAGGGAUCGUGGUGUCCAUGGCAGCCCAGAAUCCGAUAUCGAGUUCGAUCGAGCACAUUCGCGAGGAUCACUUCGCCGACCUAACGAUCCCGGAUUAUCGUCUCCAUCUCCUAUCACCGGAACCAGUAGACACGGCCGACAACCAGUCGACGUUUUUAGAAGACCCGCCGUUGACAACGCCCAAUCCAAGUUCUUUGGGGAUGAACGAGAUGGCACUCUCCUCGACCACAAAUCUAGUAUACUCACAGGGGAACGGGAGAGUCAGCCAAAGCACAAAUACAACACCAGUGAUCUCAUCCUCUUCGAAGCUGAGAGACAUAAUGAGACGGUCCCCGAUCCACCGCAAACUAGUUCCAAACCUAUUAGCUACCGUUCACACCAAGGACAUAGAGAAGCACCAUAUGUCACCUCCGACUUUCGACGAACUUCAAGAUCGCACGGUCAACAAUUUACCAGCAGACGCUCCAGUAUGCCAGAGCCAGCCUUCACGGCCGGGCCCGCAAGGGAGGGCCAGCUUAGAGAAGGCAAACAGGAUGUUACACCGCGCGGAAAACCACCUCAAGCGGGCCCGGAGAGAAUCUGUGUCCACACCCACCACCACCAUUACUGGCUGCGUUCCCGCUCAGCAGAGCCAACCCGAUACCCCGCAGCCAAAACUAUGUGUCGAAGCCAGUCAGAUAGACGGCACAACAAACAUUAUGGACAGCUCGGCGACCCCGGCGUCCUUGCAUCAGCGCGACCCUUGCAUGACGCCAGACCUAAUACCAGAGGAACGUAGGACGUCUUCCCUUCCCACAACGCCACAGAACAGCUUGCCGAAUCCCGAGCGCGCCCAAGGGAUACCAGGGACCGGUAUUUCAUCAACUCGCCGUGUGACGCCAGAGAAGAAGCAGCCGGCCAGAGUUUCCCCACAAACAACUCCAGGGCUUUGCCGUCUCGUCCAAAAGAAUGGCACAACGAAUCAAAUGGACGUGUCAGAGGACGGGGACGCAGUCGAGAAGACAGAAAUGACCAAGACAGAAAAGGCCGAUCACUCAAAGACCAAGAAGACAAUCCGACAAGAACGAGCCGAGAGAAUCAACCGAGAGAGUCGCAGCUCAAGUAUGACUCGAACGCCAACAAUAACUUCGCAAGAAGUACAUCAGCGCCUAUCAUACGAGGCACCGAGGGAGAUCAUAAUAGAAGAGGCGGCACGAAUUGCCAUGUUGCGUUCAAGAGCCAAGGAAAUAGCAAGAAGCAGAUCGGGCGACCGCAAAGUAAGCCGCAACCGGAGCAGAACUCCCAGUCCGGUAAGAAAGCAAGUCUCCAACGGCAAAACGACGACGACGGAGCCGAAGCGGUCGCUUCAAAAACGACCGAGGAAGAAACACCGCGGCGAAGAAGGCGCAGGCACCGAGCUUCCUUCCAAGCCUGAACACAUCGAGGUGGAUGAGAAGACUACUAAUAAGGCACAACAUAAAAAAGGGGUUACGGAAGGAUUUGUUGGCAAACGAGACGCAUCCGUAAGGGUAGUACGAUUCUGUAAGACGGUCUACAUAGUAUUCCUAGGUCUAACAUGUACUUGGUGGACCAUAGUGCGGCCGGCUUUCAAUCCGCGAAGCGAUCUGUGGAGGAGGAGGCACAGGAAGGAGAGCACGUGGAGAGAUACGGUCGUUCUCACAUCGGCGGGGUUAUUCUGCCUGGUCGGGGCAUUGUGCGGUUGGUACAUGUCAAGGCUGUUCUGGUGGCUUUUGGAGCGAUGACGCCUUAAGCCUUAAGGGUUACCACGGUACAAUAGGCUGAUCAAUAGGCUGAUAUUCCUGUACUAUGUACGGGGUUAUAGUACAUACCUACCUAGGUAUGUUUGGAGACCGGGCUAGUAGUCGACUGCGGUAUUCGGACAUAGGUAUGGGGCGGUUGGGGCAGUAGGUUGUUCUAGACGGUUGAGGCUCCGACUAGAGCCGAUGGUCCCGACGGAAGCAAAAAAUGGAGCUUGGGAGAGGCUCGACGGCAAACAUCGGAGGGUCACCGGUCCGCCAAAUCGGGGGCUUCUCACAUGGACAAUGCAUACCACGUAGCAGUAGUAGGUACUUAAUAUGCAUAGCCAAAGAUGCGGUGUAUAUAUAUACCGCAUUCAUUAGAGGUAGUUUUAUGGAAAAUCAGCAAUAGCUUCGCGUCCCGAUUCCCGAUUCCCGAUUUCGCUAUUGUAUUUUUUUGGGAAGGCUGGAGGGUUCUUAUUUAAAAGCCCGCACGACUCGCACGAGACUUAUCCGAAGUCUGGAAGAGAGAUGCAGGUAUGGUUCGGAUAGUGCAGGUGGUUGCAGGUACAUAGUUGCAGGUAUAUAUUCUGCGGUGUAGGAAUGUGUGCCUGUGUUCUAAAAUGGGCAACCUUAGUGUAGGUAUUGUACAUGUACCGCUGUACCCUCACCAUCGCACAGAAAGAGCG